AUGUACCCAUCUGCUUCGCACAACCCAUCUUCCCCAACUCCAUCAUCUUCCCCAGCUCCUGCAACAGUUCAACCUGCCCGCCCACCGAGUUUGUCGUGGAUCCCCGUCUCGUCCUCUCUGUUUCUCCAGUCCAACCUCCCACCGCCGCCGACGGCGUCGUCCUCCGCGCCGCCUUCUAUGCUUCCUGCUACUGGCCCCGGGCUCGCGCCCCCGUAUGGAUCGAACAAUAUAGCGGCAGCUGGAUUCGGCUCAGCUCCAAACACGUUGACGGAGCUCGUACAGAAUAUGGAAAAGAGGGAUCUGACGAGGAUUGUGAAGCUGGUGGUGUUUCUGAAUCCGUUUAGGGAAGAUCCCGACAAGGCGUUGAGGGAUUGGGAUCUUUGGGGUCUGUUCUUCUUCAUCGUGUUCUUGGGACUCAUCUUCUCUUGGUCUGCCUCUGUGAAGAAGGUCAGCUUAACUUCCAAUUUGUGGAUUUUGACUUCGGAUUUGGGAUCUGGGGCACAUAUUUGGGAUUUGGGGUUUCUUAUUCUUGUUUGUCGACAAAAGCGACAUUUGAUUCGGAAGAUAGGUUGA